GUUGGCAUAAGGGAUGUAACAGAGAUAGUUCAAUUUCUCGACCACCGCCAUAUAUAGUCUUUCGAUUUUUAAUGUUUAUAGAAUCAUUUUAUGAUUCUUGACCUCGCUUUGUGUGACCACAUGUAAGACUCAUUUCUCGGAUGUAAUUUACGGUCGUGUAUAUUCAUUUGUUCCCUUUUAUCAACAAACUAUUCUUAAUUAAAUUCCUAUGAAAAAGAAUGACAAGAAACUAGCUGUUUUGAAACAGAAAAAAGAGAAUAAACUGUUAGCUAUGGAAACAAAGGAGAUUGAAGAGAGACUGAAGCUUCUUAAAUCGACUCUCUAUUCAGAAUUAACCAAGACAAAUAAACUCAAGUAAUGAGAUGAUAUAGUUUACAUGCAAUGACCAGUUCUUCUGUACCUAUUUGGAAAGGUAGUUGUCCAACUUCUUCAACUGAAAAACAGAAAAAUCAUGCACUAGUUGACAUCAGUGUACUUAAAUUCAAACCUUUGAAGCACAGUCCAACUUCUGAAAUCAAAAGCUCAGAUACAUAUGGUAGUUUUAUCCGAAGAAUAAAUGAAGGCAUGAAACUUACUCCCGUAAAUCCUGUCAAUGCACAUCAGUCUGUGUGUGGACAAUGUGAAGACAAAAACGCUGUUGUUUUGUGCCAGGAAUGCAGUGAAUACUACUGCACUCAAUGUUUUGCAAUGUUUCAUUUGAAAGGAGCACUUAGACGUCACCAUUCGUUGCCUGUUUCGACUUGUAGCUUGAGGUCUGAAUUACGUCCUUGUAAAGAAACUGAUGGUAUUAACAAAACGCAAGGAUUCAAAGAGUUAAUCAGUAAAGGAUGUCAAAGUUCCUUUAAUAUCGCGACCAAAUCAAAUUCAGCUUUACAAACGGAAGCAAUAAAUGAUUCCGAUCAAUAUGAUCCCCCUACUAAAACACCACUAACAACAAAACAAUUUUCAGCCGCAGUCAGUCAUAUAACCUCAACACUAUGUAAAACAUCUGCUCCAAUAGAAAUAUAUUUCACGCCAAGUAUAACUUACGCAGAAAAACUGUUACUUCGUUUGCAUCGGAAUUCUAAGCUUCAGCAAUCAAUAAGUCAAGACAGCGUAUCUGAAGGGACUUUCUUGCCAAAUUCAAGUAUUGAACAAGAGAAAAAACAGGAAGAAGCUAUGGAGAAUUUCACAUUAAAUAGGAAUUCAUUUGAUGAAUUACAUAAAUUGGCUACAACACAAAUGCAAUUGAGCAAUAAUAAUCCACAUGUUUUCUCGCAUUUUAAAUUAGACUCAGAAGAGCCUAUCAAUCAAAUUGAUAAAAUAAUGUAUCCAAUUAUUCAUGAAUCGGAUGAAAAUUACUCAAGUAUACCCUUUUUUGAUGAAUCAUUGUGUAAUUUGAUUAAACAAAAAGAAAAUACCGACCAAAUUCACAACGGACAAUGUUCACAGAUUAAUGAUGAAGAUGGUCUUAUCAAAGAAAUUCAUGAGAAUAAUGAAAUUAUAGGUUCAUUAAAUAAUAAACAAAAUAUAUGGCGCCCAGUGCAGUCAUUAAUUAAUCCCGAUUCUAAUAUAAUACAUCAAAUCAGUAAAACAAUUCUACGAAACUUGAAUUUGGUUUUAGAUGAACAAUCGCUGAACAAUAUCGACCUACAAGACAGCUUUUUGGACGAUUCAAGAAUAAAGUAAAUAAUUCGCAAACAUCAGCAUAAUUCAAAGUCAGCGGUAUAUUGUAAACAAAAUAGACAACUUUUAUUUUCUUCUUAUGUAAAAGAAAGCAGUUUAUUCGGGUUUCAUCAAUAAACUGUUUUUUAUUUAUUUUACUUGAUUUCUUAUUUUUGACUUAUUCAUUUGAUAAAAAAAUAAACGAAUUAGUAAAU